AUGCGCGUGAAGCGCGCGCGAACGGUCGCGGGUUUACGCGAUCGCGCGCGGCGCGGAGUCGCUCGUGGUCCUUGCGAACGCGAUGACGCGAUCGGCCGACACGAGCGCGUGGCGAGUGGCGACGCGUUGUGGCGAUCGCGAGCGCCCGCGCCGGCUCAAACUCGACGCCGCACAAGUUCCCCCGCGCGUGAGCUGGCGGCCCGCCGGCUGGUGGCGCGCGCUUCAAGUCUGUUCGCGCCCGACCGAGCCGAGUCGUUCGCUCCGAACCCGGCCGCGACAGCUGGGCAGAGAUCCGGGCGCGCCGGCGGCAUGCUGAGCUGCCUGCGCCCGGCGCUGAAGAAACGGAAGCGCGAGGACGACGGCGACGUCGCGGCGCCGCGCGCGAAUGAAGCGGAACCGACGUCCGACGGCGGCGGCCGCGGCGGAUGCGUCCCCGGGAGGCGGCCGCGAAAGCGCGUCGCCUUCGGCGAUGCGUCCGCGAUGCCGCUCGAGCGCACCGUCGGCGUCGCGGACGCGGACGUGGACCGCACGCCGAUCGAGCUGCCGUACACGUGCGACGGGUGCGGGAACUACAUCCUCACGACGCGCAUGAGCUGCGGCGGGUGCGAGGAUUUCGAUCUCUGCGAGCCGUGCUUCCGCGCGUUCGAGCGCGGCGGCGUCGACGGCGACGCGAACGACGCGAAGAACGGCCGCGCGGCGGUCGAGGAGAUUUCGAGGGCGGUGACACACGAGCAUCCUCCGGGGUGCUUCACCGUCGAGGACGUCGUCCCGGUGGAGGGGGAGUCCGAGAAAGUCGACGACGGGGUUAACGGCGCGGAGGACGCGGGCGCGGUGGGGGAUGGGGGCGACGUAGACGGCGACGGGGACGCGGCGACGGCGUCGUAG